AUGACACCUAAUGCAGUUAUUGCAUCUAUCCCAGCAAAUAACCAAAGUACCUACUCUCUCUCUCUCUCUCUCUCUCUCUCUCUCUCUCUAUCUAUCUAUCUAUCUAUCUAUCUAUCGAAAUUUUUUUACUUUCUUUCCUUUUCUACUUUUUUCUUUUCUUUUCUUCCUUUUUCUUUUCUUCCUUGUUAUUUUCUUCUUAUUGUUACUCUUAUCCUUUCUCUCAUUCUAUUUUUCUUCUUUUGCUUUUCAUUUAUCAAAUUUUUUUCUCUUCUACUUAUCAAUUCUCCUCCUCCUCGUCUUCCUACUCCAAUCUCUCUCUCUCUCUCUCUCUCUCUCUCUCUCUCUCUCUCUCUUUAUAGCUAUCGCUCUUUCUUGAAAUCGCAUUUUCAUUACUCUUUCUUUCAAUCUCAUUUCCCCAUCGUCUUAUUUUCUGCCUCUUCCUCGUCUUUGCUUUCCUGUUUACAGGCAUUUUUUCUGCUUUUUUCUUUCCACCCCCCGCUACUAAUUUUCCUUACCCCCCAACAAGAAAUGCGUUAUGGGUAG